AAAUAAUAACUAAUCCGAACAACUGUCAUGCCUAUGUUUCUCUUCUAUCUCCUCUCAUUUUGUAAAAAUUUCCCCUUUUCCUCUGUUUUCACUAUGCUUCGACUCUCCAAUCAACUUGUUCAUUAACACAAACCAUGUUCCUCUUAUUCUUUGUUUUAACAGCAACCACCAUACCCUGAAGCAAAUCUGAGAAAGGGGAGCUCACAGCCCCCCAGUUUCUUGGAAGAAAAUAAAGAAGUUGAAGAAAGAGUAUUCUUUAGGCGACUAGCUAUUCUCAUUUUCUUUUAAUUCCUACGCCGGCCAAGGAAAAUGAGCGCCUCCAGAUUCAUAAAGUGUGUCACCGUCGGCGAUGGCGCCGUCGGCAAGACCUGCCUGCUCAUUUCUUACACCAGCAAUACUUUCCCCACGGACUAUGUCCCGACAGUUUUCGACAAUUUCAGCGCAAAUGUUGUGGUGGAUGGUAGCACUGUCAACUUAGGUUUAUGGGAUACUGCUGGUCAGGAAGAUUACAAUAGAUUAAGACCUCUGAGCUAUCGUGGGGCUGAUGUGUUUAUUCUUGCAUUUUCUCUCAUCAGCAAGGCCAGUUACGAAAAUGUUACCAAGAAGUGGAUUCCUGAAUUGAACCAUUAUGCACCCGGUGUUCCGAUAGUUCUGGUCGGAACUAAGCUUGAUCUCCGGGAUGAUUCGCAAUACUUGGCAGAUCAUCCUAGUGCACUGCCAAUUUCUACAGCUCAGGGAGAGGAGUUAAAGAAACAGAUAGAGUCUUCUUCCUACAUCGAGUGCAGUGCAAAAUCACAGCAGAAUGUGAAGGCAGUGUUUGAUGCAGCCAUUAAGGUAGUGCUCCAGCCUCCUAAGAAAAAUAAGAAGAAAAAAUCUGGUGGUUGCUCAAUAUUAUGAUCAGUGGAAGAUUCAAGGAUGAAACCAAGUGCCAGCUUCUUGCUGUGCGUAUCUCUACCACUGUCACCUUUUUUUGAAGCAGCAGAAGCCAUCAUGUAUAGUCUCAAGAUAGCAUCAGGUUGUUUCGUGUUUUACUUAUUGCCAUGGUCUGUAGGUGAUGAUGAUAAAUAUUUCAUGUUAACAUGCAUACCUCAUUCUGGUUUUCAUGUUUAAACUUCCACUCAUGUGUAAACCAGAUGCAUACCUAUUAAGAAAUAACCAUUUUCUUGCAUUAUGCUUUAAUUUUAAGCAAUUUGAUUAAA